AUGUACGCACCGUUGAAUAAAUCUACCCCAAGCAUGCAGGUUCGUCUGCAUGCCCGAAAUACCUUCGCUGUCAUUAUUGGCAUAGGAUUCAUCUACCUUGCUUAUCUCAUAUUUUUCAAAGCCGGCGAUGGAUUCCCGGAGAUUGAUGUGGAUCUCAAUGAUGUUGUAAGUCCUUCCUUCAAACUGAAUUAUCUCGAUCAUCUGCUUCAAAAUGUUAAGGUCACCCUUAUGCUUAAAUCUGGUUGCUUGUAUCAUCCAGUUGGCUGGGACUUUCUCGUUUUGAGAGUUUACACGUAA